AUGGAGACUGCGCCGCUCACCUUGGCUCAUACCCACGCACGCAAUGCCGUCCUAGAGACGCGCAAAGCCAACCCCGUGGCAGCGAGUGAGGAACACGACUUGGCUGCUGGCGAAUUUGCGACAGCUGCACAAAAUAGUUUCGACCGUGAGGCCUUGCGUACUCUCCAACUGCUUGAGCAGCAUCAUAAGAAGCUCGCUCAAAUCCUGCGCUUUCAACAUGAGAAUCCAGUCAGUACUACGUCCGCUGCCACUGCGCAGACGGGAACUGGAGAAUCAGAAACGACCAAGUUCUCCCCGACCUCGCCAGAGCAAGCGCAGCAGCAGCCGCCUAGAUUGGUUGGCAACACUCGGUUACCGGCAAGAGAAACCUCCUCCAUUGCCAGCAAACUGGCCUCUGCACGAGGAAUACCGUCUCAACCCCGUCGUGCCUCUCCCGUUUCCCCCACUGUAUCCUCGCAACAGGCGGGGGCGAGGAUGACCGAGGGUCCCAGCAAGCUGAAGACCGGAGAGUCAAGACUACGAGGAACGCAAGCCCACAAUUUAAGGGACCGUCCGAGCGGCGUCUCUGCAUCAAAACAACCCUGGUCCCCGCCAGUCACCAGUCCUACCGAAAUCACAUCUCAGCAAUUCGUCCCGCCGGAAGCGGUCGAACCAGGUCGGCAGAAGAACAAGACCACACCCUCCGAGGAGCCCUUCCAACGCUUCUACUCGACUUUUGAAGGUCUCAUCUCUAAGAUUUCUGCGCCUCUAGCAUUUGCCGGCCUGCCGCUCGGAUCAGAGACAUCCACACAGUCCGACCAAGCAAGACGCAAAUCAUCCGCCGACACCAAAGUCGAUCGCCAUCAAGCAACCUCUGACCGACCCGGCCAGUUCACCGAGCCAGACGUCAGCAAGAUCUUCUCCCGCGCCGCCCUCCGCGCGAUCCGCGACUCAAACGGCAACGGAGCGGGAAACACCGCAGAAUCAUUCUACGUCGUGCCUACUACAGGGGGCACAGUGUCAUAUGCCGGCAUCCUCACCCGAGCCGAGAAGGAGGCCCGACGCAACAGUCUUGAUGAGGCAGACGAUGAUUUUGUCGAUGCGCGCGAGACUCCCGCAUCGCCUGAGCUACGCCAGAGUGUGACGGGCUCACGCGGCCGGGCGAGUCGCGCCGCAGACAAACUCACCAGCCUGCACAACCCCAAAACGAUGGAGGAACUGCAGAUGGAGAAUCAGGCGCUCAAGCAUCUGUCCGAUACCCUCUCCAAACGGCUGCACAUGUGGGAAGUCAACGCGCAGUCAUCCUCCAUGGCUUUGCAGCAGUCUCUGAAAGCAAUGCACCACCACAACGGCCCGUGGCCCGACCAUCCUUACGGUGCUCAGAGCUCCUCCGCUGCUGUGUCCCCCUCCGCUGCGAUGGAUUCGGACCAGCGUAUCAAGGAACUGGAAGACCGCAUGCGCCGCAAUGAAAAGGAGCUGGAGCGCGUCCGCCGUGAGAACGAGAAACUACGGGACGUCUUGGGCCGCUACCGAGAAAGAUGGGAGAAACUGAAGGAAGGAGCGAAGACUAGACGGGCAGAGGGUAGGGCUGCUGCGGGUUCUUCUACAGCGGAUACAGUCAAGAGUAGUGACAAGCCCGGAACUACUCCCAAUCCGGAUCCCAAAACCCACGAGCAGGCUGAGAGUGCCAAGUCAAAGUCGGAUGGCGACACGGAGAAUGAAAGUACGGGGCCAGAGGCGAAAGGGGAUACCUCUGAUAGCUAG